AUGUUGCAAAUUGAACAAAAUAACUUACUUAUACAAAAAACCCUUACCGAGAGAUUAUUUCCUCAAACAGAUUCUUUGAAAUCAUUGGAUCGUAUUAUAACUGAUUUUGACUUCACUACUUAUCACAUUAGUACAUUACCUGAUGAUAAGUCCCAAUUACUUUUGUCAUUGAAUUUAAAAUGUUGGAAUGAUUUAGUUUCUUACAAUGUUGAAGAUUAUUUACAAUUGAAAUAUUCAUCAUACAAGAAUUUAACUAUUUUACCUUCAAAUCAAGUUGAACAAGGUUACAAUUAUUCAAUUGUAUUGGAUAUUGCAUCAUCCGUUGCUUCAGAUGACGAAGACACCAAGUUACGCUUAGUUGAUGAUUUGAGUUUAUUAAAACGUAAUGCCAUGGCCGCAGCAUUCCACAAGGCAUUUGACAGAUAUGAUGAAUUACUGGCCAAGUAUAGCAAUUCAAACACUUAUGCCGAAGAGAUUCAACAAGAGUUAGCUAAUGAACCAGUAUUAGUGAUUAAGUAUCGUGGUGUUGAUGAAACGAUUUAUCUAAAGCCAUCGUUUGAUCGAGUGACGGUGAUUUUUUCAACCAUGUUUCAAGAUGAAACUGAUAAAGUAUUUGGUAAAGUGUUUUUACAGGAGUUUGUUGAUGCCAGAAAAAGAUCAGUUCAAACAGCCCCUCAAGUAUUGUAUACUCAACUGGAACCUCCUUUGGAUAUUGCUCGACAUGUGCAAGGAUCUAAGCAGGAUGACGAUAAUAAAGGGUAUGUUACAUUUGUCUUGUUUCCAAGACAUCUAGUCAAAGGGGACAAAAGAGAGAAUUGUAUUUCACAUAUCGAAAUGUUCAGAAGUUAUUUCCAUUAUCACAUUAAAUGUUCCAAAGCAUUUAUGCAUUCAAGAAUGAGAUUUAGAGUUAAAGAAUUCUUGAAGAUUUUGAAUAGAGCUAAACCAGAGAAUUUGGAUGAUGAAGGUAAAGUUAUUGAAAAUAGAAAGACCGCAAGUGGUAGGAGAUUCGACGUUAAGGCAUAA